AUGUCUGAUAUUGAAUCUUCCAGCUCUCAAGUUCCCGAUGGCUUCAUCUGUCCUAUCAGUUUGGAAUUGAUGAGAGACCCCGUCAUGAAUCGCAGAAGCCUAUCCUACGAACGCAAAUCAAUUUUGAAUUGGUUGCACAGGGGAAAUGCUCACUGCCCUUUGACUAGAGAGCCACUCAGACCAAGUCAACUAGUUCCCAACAAUGCUCUCAAGGUCCGAAUUCGUCGGUGGAGCAUGGAAAACGGCGUCAGCCAUGAAGAACAUUACAACAACAAUGAUGAUAUUCUCAGCGACAGGAGUGAAUCCUCUGAGGAAGAGGGAUCCGAAAAGUAUUCACACAUUGAAGAAAUGGGUGUGAUGGGAUUCAUGAGCAACAAUAACAACUACGAGAUCCCCACAAGCAGUCGAAAUGCCUUGGCAGACCUGACUGAUCUGUUUGACCAAGUGCUGGAAAUCACAAGUACUGAUUAA